AUGGCUCCUUUCGCCAGUCGAACCCAUGGUCCUUCCUGGUUUACUACCUCGCUCGAAGAUGCUGUGAAGAACGCCAACACAGAGAUCAAAGAGAUAUGGCGUGCCUUCCUCUUACCAAGGCUGCUUGUUUCUAGGAUCCUGCCAGUGAAGAGCCAUGUGUCUGUCGAAAGGAAGGUGGCGAAGAAAGAGAAGCCUGUGGCGAAGGCUAGUUCAAAUACUGCUUCCAAGCCAACUACCUCUUCAAGCCAAGGAGUGCCUUCUGGUGCUGCUCCAGAAAAAACGAAGAAGAGUUCAAAGGGUAGUGGCAAGCCUCCCUUGACACCCAAGAAAAGAAAAGCCUUCACUGCUAAUAUAAUUCUUGUUGAAGAUGACGAAGAGGAUACUCCUCCAACUCCACUCAAGAAAAAGCAGAAGAAAAAUAAGGCAACAGUUGCCCCUUUCCAAACACAUAAACCACAAGGUGUCGGAACCAACAUUCUCCCUCCUCUUCCAAAGAAAACUCCAUCCCAACCCUCUAGUGGCGCAGCGCUGAAGCAUAUUGGGAGCAAUGCUUCUGAUCCUGAGGCUCAACAGGACAAAGCCACCACUCCCCUCAUUUCUACUGCCAAUCAAAGUGAUCCUUCGAGCGGCAUGAAUCCAUCUCCUCCUCCAAUAAUCAGUGGUGCUAUCCAAAACAAAGGAUCUUCGAUUGGAGCUCAAAAUCUUGAAGCAGAUAACGCCCAAAACGAAGAAGAAACCUCUUCUCCUGGUGAAGAAGGUAAAAGAGAUUCGAAGCACGUUGACGAGAAGGAAUCAGCAGGGAAAGAAGAUUCUGAGGAUACUCCUAGUAAUUCUCCUGCAAGAGUUAUGUUCCCUUCAGAUGAUGCUGAUGAGGAUGAUCAAGAUUCUGAUGAGAUUGAGGGGUAUUUUCAGGAAGAUGAAGACAUGAUUGUGGGAGAAGUUGAUACUGAAGGAAGUCAAACUGGAACUGGUGAUGCCACCGUCGACACGGUCCCAAAUCCAACUAAAGUUCGACCAUCCAUCACCCAGACUUCACCUAUUCCACUCACUGAGGAGGAGAAAAAAGCUUUAAAACAAAAUUAUCCCCUUAAGUAUGUGAGGAAUAAUGUGGGAGCGAGCUUUAGCAUAAAGAAGCUGAUAAGCAAGAUUAACAUCACUGCUUGCCCCACUGAUGUAGGUGAAGCCCUUAUCGACAUUCAGAACCUACUUGAUCAAGUUUGUGUUGAAUAUCAUAGGGAGGUGGAUGCCAAAGCUAAGCUUCUAUCAACUGAAAAAGCUCAAGCCACUGAGUUUGACAAUGCUCUUCGAACCUCACAAGCUUCUAAGGAGUUAGCCGCUUCCAGAAAAUCAGCCCAAGCAGAGUUCGAUACUUACAAUGCUUCGAUACGUCUCUGGGAAUCUCAUAUUGCAGAAUUGCAGAAGAAGAUUUCUGACGCUAAGGCGAAGCAGGCUGCUAUCCAAGGCUUGGAUAGCACUGAAGCUGAUGAUCUGGCGAAGCAAAGCGUAGAUCAUGUCGAAAAGGCUACAACUAUGAAUGAAGAUAUUGCCCGCCUCAGAGGGGUUCAAGCGGCUGUUCAGUAUAAGAUUGGCUUGGCGAAGAAAAAAUAUGAUCGGAUGAGGGCCACUAUUCCUUUUUGA